AUGAGUCAGGCUACUGGCGUCGCCACGAGGUACAACUUUCAAGUUGUCUUCUUCGUGGCCCUAGGGUCUUUGACAUAUGGAUUCAACAACUCGAUCAUGGGAACGGUGUUUGGUCUGCCGUCCUUUUUUGCUUAUUUUGACCUGAAAGAUGGUAGCAGUCGGCAGACCUCGAUUGAAGCGACGACGCAAGGAAUAUUUUAUGCCGGUGGUAUAAUCGGCUGCGGUGUAGUUGCAUGGCUUGCCGACAAACUAGGGAGAAAACGAUCAGUGCAGAUAAUCACCAUAGCCUGUAUCGUAUCUGCUGCUAUACAGGCUGGCUCGGUGCAUAUUGCGAUGCUCCUCGUUGGACGCUUCUUCAACGGCAUGGGGUCUGGUAUGAUCAAUGUUAUUGUGCCAUUGUAUCAGUCAGAAGUGUCGCCUCCGAAGAUGAGAGGUCGGAUGGUUGGAUCGCAUGGGUUUCUUAUUGUUGUUGGCUACGCAUUAGCUGCAUGGACUGGGCUGGGGUGUUACUACGAAAACAAUCCACAAAUCCAAUGGCGCUUAUGCUUGGCUCUACAGAUUGUUCCCCCUCUGUUACUAGUGCUUGGAUCUAGCUGGCUACCCGAAUCUCCUCGAUGGCUGCUGGCGCAACAUCGUCGAGACGAAGCUUUGAAGGUUCUCAAUCGCCUUGACGAUACUGAUCCUCUUCAUGGUUCGAGAGAAGACCACGUCCGACAGGAAUGCCGCCUCAUUGAAAGUCAACUGGAGCUAGACUCUCGCAAACCAACCAAUCUCAUUGCUGUUUUAAAGAAUGCAUCUUAUCGGAAACGAUUCUUAAUGGGGCUUUUUGUGCAAUGCCUAGCACAAUCGACAGGAGUCCUUGUCAUCAACAACUACCAAGUCAUUCUAUAUAAUGGCCUCGGUCUUUCAGGCUCCGUUCCGCUCCUCUUAUAUGGCGUCUAUACCACCUGGGCAGCCUUCCUUAACUGGGCCGGCCCUAUGAUUGUCGAUAGAGUUGGGCGUAUCCGCAUGUUGUCUGUUGGAAUGAUUGGCUGCGCUUUAAUGGUAUCAUGUGAAGCCGCCAUGGUAGCUCAAUACGGUGGCACCUCAAACGAAAUCGGAAAUGGAUUUGGUGUUUUGUUCUUGUUCCUCUUCGUCACAUUUUACGGCUCUUGCGUUGAUGCUAUUAGCUACGUGUACUGCUCUGAGCUUUUUCCGACAAAUCUAAGGGCCCAGGGAGUAGGGCUAUCUGUGAUGGGACUUUUUGCUAUGACGCUUGUUUACACGCAAGCUGCACCGGUAGCCUUUGCCGACGUGGGUUGGAAAUAUUAUCUUGUCUUCAUCCUCGUCCCAGCAGUGAGCACGCCGUUGAUGUGGUUCAAGUUUCCAGAAACGAAAGGUUUGAGUCUAGAAGAAAUUGGCGCUUUUUUUGGUGAUGAAAUAGCAGAUGGUAGUGAUCCUGUUCGACACAUAGAUGAGAAAGGAGAGGAAGGCCAUAAUAAGGGUCAGAAGAUGGAUGUUGGUGAAUGUGAUGUAGUACAUGAUGAUAACUGA